GUACCAUUUCUUCACCGUUUCUUAUCUUGUUGCUUGCAUUACCUUCAGCCUCGCCGCUGUCAAAUUCGGUCCUUCGACAUUGCCCACGCUCCUGAGAAAGAACAAACAUGGCAGAAGCUGUCAUCGUGAGUAUUGCUGGAAAGAUCACUGCUUAUCUGAUUCCUGAAGUACUAGAAAAUGUUGGAAAGCUAUGGGGCUUCAAGCAUGAACUCGAGGUGCUCAAGGACACAGUCUCCACGCUUCAAGCUGUACUGAGACAUGCCGAAGAGCAAUACUACAAUCUCGAAAUCCAAGAUUGGCUUGAGAAACUGAAAGAUGCUUUCUAUGAUGCCCAAGAUGUGCUUGAAGAAUUCAAUAUAGAAGCUAUACGGCAAGAACUAAGGGACCACAGUGAAAUGAUCAAGGAGGUGAGAACAUUUUUCUCAAGUUCAAACCAGCUUGCUUUUAAACUGAAGAUGAGUUAUAAAGUAAGAGCAGUGAGGGAGAAAAUAGAAGCCAUUAACGCUGGUGGGAGAUUCCACUUGGAUGAGCGUCCCGUGGAUUCACAAGCAGAGAGAGAGUGGGGGAAGAGAGAAGAGACACAUUCGUUUAUACGCGAGGGAGAUAUUAUGGGGAGAGAUGAUGAUAAGAAGACAGUCAUGAAAUUUUUAUUGGAUUCAAACGUGAAAGAGCACGUUUCCAUCCUUCCAAUAGUUGGUAUUGGUGGGCUUGGAAAAACGGCUCUUGCUCAAUGUGUAUAUAAUGACGAGAUGGUCACUAACCAUUUUGACUUAAAAAUGUGGGUUUGCAUCUCUAAUGACUUUGAUGUGAAAAAAAUAGUGAAAAAUAUCAUAGCUUGUGCAAAGAAGAAAGAACCAACCGAGGUUGUUAUGGAACAUUUACAGAGUGAACUCAGGGGAGAAAUUGAUGGAAAAAGAUAUCUCUUAGUUUUAGACGAUUUGUGGAAUGUAGAUCAAGAAAAAUGGUUGAGCUUGAAAACUUUAUUGGUGGGAGGUGCUAGAGGAAGCAAGAUCCUUAUAACCACACGCCUUCCUUUGGUUGCGGAAAUUAUUGGCAUUGCUUUGCCUCAUUUUCUCGGGGGCUUAUCCGAAAAAGCGUCUGUUGAUUUAUUAAUGAAAAUGGCUUGUGGUAAACAAGAGGAAAUACAAGAUCCUGAAAUGCUAUCGCCAAAGAGAUAG